AUGGAUAACGGGGAAACGCCCUCCAGACGGCCUCUGCCUCUCCCUGCCGAGUGGACGUCUGCAGACGCCUACCUGGACUCCCUCCUGUCCUUCGCUACAUCGUCACAGCUGUUCAAGGACUUCUGCGGAGGAGUUCAUAUUCUAGACUUCCUUAUAAGAGAGCCAGACCUGUAUGCCUCAGUCAUCCCCGAGGACUGGCGUCAGUUCUUUGCCCGCCAUGAUAUACUAGAUAUCCUGGACCUCCUGAUGCGGGAAGACAUCGGCCCCUUUAUGAACGCAGAUGAAGAAAAAGACAUGCCAGAAAAGAGAGAUACAUGGAGAGACGGCCCGGUGCCGCCCAGAAGUCUGGUCGAAUAUAUCCAUAGCAUCAGGAGGCAUGCUCUGCUACGGGAGUUUACGCCUGCGGGCGAACAGCCUGAUAUCAAGCGGCCUGUGGGCAGGAAGGGAAUACCGUACCAUGUCUUCACGGGCAUGAAGCCGAAGAAGUGCCAUGAGGUAGAGAAUUUCGCAAAAUACGUUGCUUCGCUUACGGAGGACGUGGAUAGAAUCAGGGGAGUCUCGGGGGACGACGCUACUACAGCAGAGCAGCGAAUCUCUCAUAUUGUGGAUUUUGGAUCUGGACAGAACUACCUAGGCAGGGCGCUGGUUAGCCCGCCAUAUAACCGGCAUGUCAUUGCUAUUGAACGGCGGCAUAACGAUAUUGCCAGUGCAAAGAGGAAGGACAUCAGGGCAAAAGUUGCCGAGAAGACGGUUGUGAUGCGGAACAAAAAGGAGCAUAGAGCGAAACUGAAAGCUGCUGCUCUAGACGGAAUGGAUACCCCGACUACAUGCUCACCUGGGGAAAAGGAUUCCACAGAUACGCUAGUUUUACAGCAAGACAAACAAGAAGAAAGCCCGGUGGAUACUGCUGCAACGAUACUUCUUGUUGCUGAUUCCGGUUCUGUUGAAAAUGGAGGAAAGGGGGAAGAGACUGCAAAGUCGGGCCCCAGAGGCUUACUGGACUACGUAGAACAUGAAAUCCAGGAUGGCUACCUUGAACCCAUCAUCGAACACAUCAUUGGGACAGCAGAAGAGGUCAGAGAGCAAGACGAGGUCGCUGCAAACGGCUGCAUGUCCUCGCCUCCCGCGGCACCAUUAUCGUCACGAGUAAUGGUUGUAUCCCUUCACUCAUGCGGGAAUCUCGUGCACCACGGCAUCAAGUCACUCAUCCUGAAUCCGUCUGUCGUUGCGGUCGCAAUGAUCGGGUGCUGCUAUAACCUGAUGACUGAACGACUCGCUCCCGCAACAUAUAAGUUACCCUCAUUAAGGCUGCCCAACUCCCGCCUGGAACAAACGUCCAAUGCCUGUGACCCCCAUGGUUUCCCAAUGUCGAGACGUUUCGAGCAGUACUCGCACGAAAACGGCAAUGGAAUCCGGCUCAACAUCACCGCUCGAAUGAUGGCCGUGCAAGCUCCGUACAAUUGGGGCAAGGAGGAUAGCGAGGCAUUCUUCACGCGCCACUUCUUCCGUGCCUUGUUACAGCGGGUGUUGGUCGAUUAUGGUAUCGUCCCUGUCCCGGGCAGAGCUAGCUCUAGCUCCAGUGACACGGCUAGAAGGGAAGACGAGACGCAGCCAGGAGUUACACAGCAGGACACAGAGGUACCUGGGUGUCCGCUCAUAGUUGGAUCACUCAGAAAGUCUGCGUUCCUGUCGUUCACGGCCUAUGCUCGGGCGGCAGUGGCAAAGCUAGUGCACGAUCCUCAAUACGGCAAUGCGAUCAAGCAGCGGGUUGAAGAGGCAUACGUUGCCCGCUAUGAGUCCGCGAAGAAGAACCUGAGCGUGGUCUGGAGUCUGAUGGCCUUCAGUGCCUCGGUUGUGGAGUCAAUGAUUGUGACUGAUCGCUGGAUGUAUCUUCGAGAGCAAGAGUGUGUCAAAGACGCCUGGGUUGAGCCUGUGUUCGAGUAUUCGCAGAGCCCCAGAAACCUCGUCGUCAGGAUUGGUCACAUAGAGCAGCCAUCAUUAUUAGAGAUAACAUGCACCAAGUGUCCGUCAUAUCUCUUCUCAUUUGUUCAUAUAAGGCCUGCUGCUGCAGCGAUAUCAGGAACUGCAGCCCAUUUCUCCCAGCCGACCCUCCCCGGCCUCCCUGACCCUGACAGCGUUCGGAACGCUGGCGGGCUGAUAAGGGGCCCCAUCCAGGUGCAGCGCAGCGCAGAAGAUGAAGUCGAGGUUGAAGGCGAAGUUGAAGUUGAAGCUGAAGUUGACGACGUCGAGAUAGCAUCAUGUGACGCAGUGUUGGAGAUGGCCCAAAAGGGCAACACAGACGACCGGCCAUCGACGUCCAACAAUCAUCAGCAACGCCUUCGUCUUGCUGUCCACAACAAACAACGAACAACCAACAACGCCAACACCAACACCAACGACAGGGAACUCGGCCCUGGAAGACCGACAGCUAAGUUAAGUUAA